AUGGCUGAAAUCUGUCCUGCAUCUGCUCCUGGCAAGUGCAUCGCCUUCUCCUGGCUCCUGUCUAUCACCUAUAGCUUUUCUCUCCUUUACACAGGGGCAAAUGAAGCUGGCCUGGAGGAUCUAGUGACUGCCCUCACCUGUGUGGGAGGCUGUCAAGUCGCAGUCAAUCAGAGCUGGGUCUUCAUCAAUUUCCUGAUAUUUUUUAUCCCCACACUCGUAAUGAUAACUGUUUACUCUAAGAUCUUCCUCAUUGCUAAACAGCAGGCUCAGAAGAUUGAGAGAAUGAGUGACCAGACUGCCGAGGCAUCAGACAGCUACAAGGACAGAGUGGCCAAGAGGGAGAGGAAAGCAGCCAAAACCCUGGGAAUUGCAGUGGCAGCCUUUCUCCUGCCUUGGCUGCCAUACUUCAUUGACUCCAUCAUUGAUGCCUUCCUAGGGUUCAUCACUCCCACGUAUGUGUAUGAAAUCCUAGUGUGGAUCGCUUACUACAACUCAGCCAUGAACCCUUUGAUUUAUGCUUUCUUUUAUCCUUGGUUUCGAAAAGCCAUCAAACUGAUUGUCACUGGCAGAAUCUUGAGAGAGAAUUCCUCAGCCACCAACUUGUUUCCUGAGUAG